GUCAGCAGAUAGCUGCAGGGUCGGGUCACUCUGACAGGUCUACCAUCUACCUGAACCCUUGCUUUGCGCUGUGUGCUUUACCAUAUUAACUCCUCAAGGCUUCCCAAAACCGGCGAGGGUCCAGCAUUCUGGAGUAGGGUUAACACAGUUCGAAACUCAGCUGUGUUACUUCCUUAGCUGAGUAAUCUUAGGUGUCUGGGGCCAUGAUGGAGAACACUUCUCUCAUCUAUGAGUACGACCACUAUGGCGAGACUCCAGAUUCCCCUGUGGACUGCCCUGAUGGCACCUGCAUCUCCAUCGACCCCCUCCGCAUGGCCCCACUCCUGCUGUAUGCUGCUGUCUUCCUGGUUGGGGUGCCAGGCAAUGCCAUGGUGGCCUGGGUGACCAGGAAAGAGGCCCGUCAGAGGGUCGGUGCCACCUGGUUCCUCCACCUGGCUGUGGCGGACAUGCUCUGCUGUUUGUCUCUUCCCCUCCUGGCGGUGCCCGUCGCCCGUGGGGGCCACUGGCCAUAUGGGGCCGUGGGCUGUCGGGCCCUGUCCUCUGUCACCUUGCUGUCCAUGUACGCCAGCGUCCUACUCCUGGCUGCUCUCAGUGCAGACGUCUGCCUGCUGGCCCUCAGGCCUCCCUGGUGGGCUGUGGCUCAGCGGGCGUGCAGGGUGCAGGUAGCCUGUGGGGCAGCCUGGACCUUGGCCUUGCUGCUCACCGUGCCCUCGGCCAUCUACCACCGCCUGCACCAGGAGUACUACCCACCCCAGCUGCAGUGCGUGGUGGACUAUGGCGGCUCGGCCAUGGCUGAGAACACAGUGACCGCCACCCGCUUUCUUUUUGGCUUCCUGGGGCCGCUGGUGGUCGUGGCCAGCUGCCACAUUGUCCUCCUGUGCCGUGCGGCCCGACGCUGCUGGCCACUGGGCACAGCCAUCGUGGUGGGGUUUUUUGUCUGCUGGGCUCCGUACCACGUGAUGGGGCUGGUGCUGACCGUGGCUGCCCCACACUCAGCGCUCCUGGCCCGGGCCCUGGGGGCUGAACCCCUCGUCGUGGGACUCGCGCUUGCUCAUAGCUGCCUCAAUCCCAUGCUCUUCCUGUAUUUCGGGCGGGCUCAACUUUGCCGGUCACUGCCAGCUGCAUGUCGCUGGGCCCUGCAGGAGUCACGGAGCAAGGAUGAAAGUGUGGUCAGCAAGAAAUCAACCAGCCAUGACCUGGUCUCGGAGAUGGCCGUGUAGGCUAGAGGGAAACUGGUUUGUAUCCUCCCAUCCCAUUUCACAAAACUGACUUCACAGAACUAACAUAGGUAGAUCCAGGGGCUCAAUGGUAUCACUCUUUACUCCUUUAUUCACGCAGCAAGCAUUCAUUAUGCACCUGCUCUGUGCAAGGCCGUCUGAUAGGCACGGGGAGGUAGCAAUGACCGGAACAGAUACACAUGCCUGCCUUCAGGGAGCUGACUUCCUCAUGGAAGAAGACAGACAAUAAGCCAGGAAAUAAAGACACGGAAUCUGUGAAGCGGUGAUACAUGCUAAACCUAAGGGAGACAAAGAGGGCUGAGUGAGGCGGGGAUGUAGGUCAGCCAGGCAAGGCCUCCUGUGUAAGGUGAUAUUUGAGCCAAGGCAUGAAGAAAGGAGGGAGAAAAACAUUUCAAGCAGAGGGAACUGUAAGUGCAAAGGCCCUGGGGCAGGAUGUGCUUGGCAUGUUCCAGGAACAGUGAAGAGGCCAGUGUGGAUGGAGCAGAGUGAGCCAGAGGGAGAGUGGUGUGAGAUGAAGGGAGACAGGUAAGGGGGACGAACUUUGAAAGCCUUCCAGGUCAUAGCACAUGUUGGGGAUCCAUGGGAGGGUUCUGAGCUACCAUUACCAGAUAAAAAUACAAAAAUUCCCAAUUAAAUUUGAAUUUCAGAUCGACAACAACAUUUUUUAGCAAGAGUAUGUCCCGUGCACGCAAUACUGGAGAUAUACUAAAAAAAUUAUUUGUUGUUGACCUGAAAUUCAAAUUUAACUGAACAGUCUGUAUUUUUUUUUCCUCCUAAAUCAGGCAACCCUAUUCUUAGCAGAGAAAUGUUCUGAUUUGACUUGGAUUUUAAGAGGAUCUCUCUGGCUGCUUGUGGAAACUAGACUGUGGGGGAGG